AUGGGUUUAGGUGUACUUAUCAUAAUAUUAACACAACAACAACAACAACAACAACGACAACAACAAAAACACCGGCACCAACAACACGGGCACCAACACCGGCACCAACAUCACCGGCACCAACUUCACCGGUACCCACCACCACCACCGUCACCACCGUUCCACCAUCAACACCGUCCAACAACAUCACCCGUCACCACAUCACCACACCAAAAACCUCACCGUAAACCACACCACAUCACCGUCACCACCGGGUCACCAUCACCACCGUCACCAACAUCACCGUCACCAAACAUCACGUCACCAAACAUACCGGACCACCACUCCACCAUCACCAACCGUCCACCACCACCACCGUCACCAACAUCACCGGCAACCACCACCGUACCACCACCACACCAUCACCACCGUCACCAUCCACCACCGUCACCAACAUCACCGUCACCAACAUCACCGUACCACCACCACCACCAACACCAUUCACACCCACCGUCACCACCGGUCCACCAUCACCACCGUCACACCACCACCGUAACCCAAACAUCACGGUACCACCACCACCACCACCACACACCGCCCACAUCACCACCGUCACAACAUCACCGGUCACCAACAUCCAACCGGUACCACCACCACCACCAUCACCACCUUCCAUCACCACCGUCACAUCACCGUUCACCACCAUCACCGUCAACCAACCAUCACCGGUACCACCCAACCACCCACCCCACCACACCACCGUCAUCCACACCGGUCCAACCACCACCGUCACCAACAUACCGGCACCAACCAUACCGGUACCAACCACCACCCACCACACCACCGUCACCCCACCACCGUCACCAACAUCACCCGGCACCAAAACACACCGGGGUUGGUACCACCACCACCUUCCACAUCAACACCUCCCGUCACCACCGGUCCACCACCAUCCACCGUCCACCGAUCACCACGUACCACCACCACCAUCACCACCGUCACCAUCACCACCGUCACCAACAGCCACCUCACCUAAACACACCGUACCACCACCACCACAACAUCACACCGGCCAUUCAACACCUCACCAUCACCACCCACCAACAUCACCGGCACCAACAUCACCGUACCCACCAACCACCAUCACCACCGUACCAUCACCACCAUCACAACAUCCACCGUCACCAACCAUCACCGGUACCACCACCCACCACCACCGUCAUCCCCACCGUCAACCAACACACCGUCCCAAACAUCACCGGUAACCCCCACCACCACCACCAUCACCACCGUCACCAUCACCACCGUCAACCAACAUCACCGUCACCAACAUCACCGGCCCCAACAUCAGGUCCACCCAUCCACCACCACCAUCACACGUACCAACCACACCUCCACCACCGUCACCAUCAUCACCAGUCAACCACAUCACGUCACCACCAUUCACCGGUACCACCACACAUCACCACCGUCACCAUCACCACCGUCACCAACCAUCACCGUCACCACAUCACCGUACCCACCACCACCACCACACCACCUGUCACCAUCACACCGUCACCAUCCAACACCGGUCCACACUCCACCGUCACCAACAUCACCGGUACCACCACCACCACCAUCACCACCGUCACCACCGUCACCACCGGUCACACCAUCAUCGGUCACCAAACAAAAUCACCGUACCACCACCCCAUCCACCACCGUCACCAUCCACCACCGGGUUCCACCACACCAGUCACCGUCACCAGAACAUCACCGGUAUCACCACCGUCCCAACACCAUCCACCCCCACCGAUCCACAUCACCGGUCACCCCAGGUCCACCCAUCCACCGUCACCAACAUCACCGUACAUCACCAGUCACCAACUCACCGGCACCAACAUCACCGUAACCACACCACCACUGUCCCAUCACCAAACGUCACCAUCACCACGUCACCAACAUCACGUCACCGGCAUCACCGGUACCGUGCCACGGCACCCACCACCAUCACCACCGUCCGACCUCAACCACCCGUCACCAACAUCACCCCGUCACCAACAUCACGUACCCCACCCACCACCACCAUCAACCACCGUCACCUCACCACCUUCACAUCACACCGUCACCAACAUCACCGGUCCACCACCACCACCUCCAUCACCACCGCACCAUCACCCCACCGUCACCAACAUCACCGUCACCAACAUCACCGGGUACCACCAACCACCACCAACAAUCACCAGUCACCAACACACCGUCACCAACAUUCACCCACACCACACCAUACACCACCACCGUCACCAUCACCACCGUCACCAUCACACCGUCACCAACAUCACCGUACCACCACCACCACCACCAAUCACCACCGACCAAUACCACCAUCACCAUCACCACCGUCCAACAAAAUCACCGUCACCACAUCACCGCAACAACCUCACCGUACCACCACCACCACCAUCACACCGUCACCAUCACCACCGUCACAACAUCACCCGGCACCAACAUCACCGUACCACCACCACCACCAUCACCAUCACCACCAUCACCAAACAUCACCGUCACAACAUCACGGUACCACCACCAAACCACCACAUCCACCACCGUUCCUCACACCGUCAACAUCACCACCGUCACCAACAUCACCGUAACCAUCACCGGUACCACCAACCACACCACCCAUCACCACCGUUCCCCAUCACCACCGUCACAAACACACCAUCCCAACAUUCACCGGUACACCACCCACCACCACCCAUCACCACCUCACCAUCCCACCUCCCCAUCACCAACGUAACCACACACCGUCACCAACACACCGCACCAACAUCACCGGUACCAACCACCACCACCAUCACCACCGCACCAUCACCACGUAACCAACAUCACCGGCACCAACAAUCCACCGGUACCACCAACACCACCAUCACCGCCACCAUACCCCGUCACCAACAUCACCGUCACCCAACAUCACCGGUAACCACCACCACCACCACCACACCACCGUCCCACCAUCACCACCGUCAACCAAAUCACCGUCACCAACAUCACCGGUACCACCACCACCACACCAUCAUCACCGUCACCAUCACCACCGUCACCAAUCACCACCGUUCACCAACCUCACCGUCACCCAACCAUCACGGCACCCCAACAUCACCCGGUACCACCACCACCACCAUCACCACCUCCCCAACCAUCACCACCGGUUCAACCAAUCAUCACCCGGACCAAACCAUCCACGGGAUCACCACCAUCCACCAUCACCACCGUCAAACACAACCACCGUCACCAACCAUCACCGUCCAACCAAAUCACCGGUCAACCAAAUCACCACCAUCACCAACGUCACCAUACCACCGUAACCAACAUCCAUCUUCACCAAAUCCACCGUCACCAACCAAAUCACCAGGUUACCACCAACCACCGUCACACACCACCGUUCACCAUCACCACUGUCCACCAACAUCACCGUACCAAACCAUCACCGUUACCACCACCACCGUCACCAUCAACCACCGUCACCAACAUCACCGGUCAACCAACAUCACCGGCACCAACAUCACCGGUACCACCAACCACACCAAUCCCACCGUCAACAAUCACCCCGGUCACCAACCCAUCCAACCGGCACAACAUCACCGGUACCACCAACACCACCUCAUAACCACCGUCACCAUCACCACCGUUCACCAACAUCAACCAGUCACCAACAUCACCGGUACCACCACCACCACCCCUCACACCGUCCACCAUCACCACCUCACCAACAUCCACCGUUCACCAACCAUCACGGUACCACCACCACCGUCACCAUCACCACCGUCCAACCAUCACCACCGUCACCAACAUCACCGGUACCACACACACCCCACCAUCCACCACCGGUCACCAGCCAACCACCAUUCACCCCCAUCACCAACCGUCAACCAAUCAUCCACCGUCACCAACAUCAACCGUCACCAACAUCACCGGUACCACCACCACCACACCAUCACCACCGUCACCAUCCAACCCCGUCACCAACAUCACCUGGCACCAACAUCACCGGUACCACCACACCACCAUCAACACGUCACCAUACCACCAGCACCAACCCAUCCACCGUCCAUAAACAUCCUACCGGUACCACCACCACCACCACCCAUCAACACCGGCACCAUCACCAACCCGUCACCAUCACCACCUCGCACCAACAUCACCGGUCGACCGGGAACCAUCCACCGGUACCCCCACCACCACCACCCUCCACCACCGUCACCAAUCACCACCGUCACCAACAUCACCAUCACCAAACAUCACCGGUACCACCACCACCCCACCAUCAACCACCAGUCAACAUCCACCCACCGUCCACCAACAUCACCAUCACCAACCAUCACGGCCCCAAAACAAUCACCGGUAAACCACCAACCACCAACCAUCACCACCGGUCACAUCCAACCACCGUCACAACCCCAUUCACGGCACCAACAAUCACCGGUACCACCCACCACCACCAUACACCACCGUCACCAUCCACCACCGUCACCAACCAUCACCAUCACAACUCCACCGGUACCAACACCACCACCACCAUCCAAAACCCAUCACCAUCACCACCGUCACCAACAUCCAAACCGGCAUACGUACCACAACCACCACCCCCACCAUCAUCACCGUCACCAUCACACCGUCACCAUCACCACCGUCACCAACAUCACCGUCACCAACAUCACCGGCACCAACAUCACCGGUCACCACACCCACCACACACCACCGCCACCAUCACCACCGUCACCAUCAUCACCGGCACCAACAUCACCGGUACCACCCACCACCAGUCACCAUCACCACCGUCACACCACCGUCACCAACAUCACCGUCCCACAUCACCGGUACCACCACCACCACCACCAUCACCACCGUCACCAUCACCACCGUCACCAACAUCACCGUCACCAACAUCACCGGUACCAUCACCACCGUCACCAUCACCACCGUCACCAACAUCACCGUCACCAACAUCACCGGUACCACCACCACCACCACCAUCACCACCGUCACCAUCACCACCAUCACCAACAUCACCGUCACCAACAUCACCGGUACCACCACCACCACCACCAUCACCACCGUCACCACCGUCACCAACACCGUCACCAACAUCAACGUACCUACCACCACCACCACAUCACCACCGGUACCAUCACCACCGCACCACAGCAUCACCACACUGGUCCACACCACACCACCAUCACACCGUCACAAUCAACCACCGUCACCAACAUCAACCGUCACCACAUCACCGCAUCACACACAUCACUGGUACCACCACCACCACCAUCACACCGUCACCAUCACCACCGUCACCCAACAUCACCGUCACCAACAUCACCGGUUCACCACCACCACCCACACCAUCCACCACCCCGUCCACCCCCAACAUCGCGUCACCAACAUCACUGGGGACCACCACCACCACCAUCACCACCGUCACCAUCACCACCGUCACAACAUCACCGCACCAACAUCACCGGAUACCACACCAGGACCACACCACCGUCACCGGGAUCACACCGUCACCAACAUCACCGGCACCAUCACCCCGGCACCAACAAUCACCGGCACCACCACCACCACCACGCACCACCGUACCAUCACCACCGUCACCAACAUCACCGUCACCAACAUCACCGGUACCACCACCACCACCACCAUCACCACCGUCACCAUCACCACCGUCACCAACAUCACCGUCACCAACAUCACCGGUACCACCACCACCACUACCACCGUCACCAUCACCACCGUCACCAACAUCACCGUCACCAACAUCACCGGUACCACCACCACCACCACCAUCACCACCAUCACCACCAUCACCAUCACCACCGUCACCAACAUCACCGGCACCAACAUCACCGGUACCACCACCACCACCACCACCACCAGUCACCAUCACACCAUCACCAACAUCACCACCACCAACAUCACCGGUACCACCACCACCACCACCACCACCGUCACCAUCACCACCGUCACCAACAUCACCGGCACCAACAUCACCGGUACCACCACCACCAUCACCACCGUCACCACCGUCACCAUCACCACCGUCACCAUCACCACCGUCACCAACAUCACCGGCACCAACAUCACCGGUACCACCACCACCACCACCAUCACCGGUACCACCACCACCACCACCAUCACCACCGUCACCAUCACCACCGUCACCAACAUCACCGCACCAACCACCACCACCACCACCACCACCGUCACCAACAUCACCGGCACCAACAUCACCGGUACCACCACCACCACCACCACCACCGUCACCAACAUCACCGGCACCAACAUCACCGGUACCACCACCACCACCACCAUCACCAACAUCAAUUUAAACAACAGUAUAAUCAACGACAACAACAACAACAGUAA